CAGUGGAGGCGGGCCCACUUCAGCUGCGACUGUCAAGAUUGGCAAAGCGGUGGCUGCUGCUGCUGUAUGCAGGUAAAAGGAGCAAGCGACAAGAGAAAAAACACAAGACCUGAAAAACAUUCAUCCUGGCAGAAAGCGAGGAGUGCAAUGGAAACGUGGGAGCCCUUUUAUGCGAAAUAGUGUGAGGAGAAGAGGUUUUAAAUUCGCAUAUAAAACUGCAACACCUCUUGGUAGCCUUAGCGGAAAGUGUCGCUUUGUGAGUGGAAGCAACUUGGACAGCUGCGUGUUUUCAAGCGGAGCCAUCAACAAAGAAUGAAAGCGUUGAAACGAGCUCUGGAGGUUGACCACCAUCCCGAGCAGGAGAACUCUUCGGCCGUGUCGGACAGCGAUGACAGCGCCCCGCUCGACCUGUCAGGGAGAGGGAUCCUCGGGAAGCGCCGUCGCCGCGGCAACCUGCCCAAGGAGUCUGUUCAGAUCCUCCGCAGCUGGCUGUACGAGCACCGCUUCAACGCAUAUCCAUCGGAGCAGGAGAAGCUCAGUCUUUCGAACCAGACUAAACUGUCUGUGCUGCAGAUCUGCAACUGGUUCAUCAACGCCCGCCGCCGCCUUCUGCCUGAUCUGCUUCGCAAGGAUGGCAAAGAUCCCACCAAGUUCACCAUCUCCCGUAAGAUCGUCGGUAAAACCGAGGCCCAUCAGUCAAACGGAGGCGGAGCCGGCUCUCCCGAAAUCGGCACCUCAGCUCGCUCCCCUCUGCCGCGUCCAUCGGUAAUCCACUCCACGCCCGCUUUGGACCUCAGCCUACUGGGGAACACGGCGACGGCCAUCCUCACCGGAGCGGGCUUUCCUGGAAAGGAAGGGUGUGUGCAAGCACUCAUGAAGCUGGACACACAAAGCCUGUUGAGGGAAGCAGAUGAAAGAGGCGCCCACUCAGCUGGCCCAACAACAGGCAUCACUGUAGCUGCGAGCCAGUCCAGUGGCCUUCUCAACACGCCUCCCCCGACUCCACCCGAUCUCUACCCGGGUCACGACUUCAGUGACCUGAGGCUGCUGGUUGAUGCCGCUCUACAGAGAGCUGCAGAGCAGGACCUGCUCAAGGAGAGCCAAAGCAAACCAGCUGAGUCUUUAAAUGCCAAACCGGUGGAUGCAAACGAAAAGGGCCCAACCCCACCUCCAGAAGAACAGGUCAUGCAUCCUUCCACAGUGCAGAGUCUAAUGGAGAAGGCCAUGUCUGUUCCAGAGCCGGUCAAAUCUCCAACAGUUGCUGCUCCACUUUUGCUCCCAGCCUCCAGCUUAUCCCCUCUACCAGUAAACAAAGUGAUGUGGAGCCCCUUAGAUAAAGACACUGUCAGAGCAUCCAGCCCAAACCAACCUCAUCUCAUCCCAGCACACCUACCAGCUGUAGUGCCAGUAUCUGCCAUCAUCCUGGGGCAACCAGAGCUACAGAAACCUGCUGCCCUCCUAGCCGUUAACCCAAAGUCACCUCCAGCCUCAUGUCCUAUGAGUGCGUCAAAUCCAGCAGCGAGACCUGUCUCCAUACAAGUCCCUUCAGCCCAGUCAGUCACCUCAGAUUCUCCCCCAGCAGCAGCUGUUGCAUCUCUAUUGAUGUCUAGAGGAGACCUACCGCACCUCCCGUUCCACAAGCCCCCCUCGAUCCCUGUGACCCCCCCCACCGUGCUGCCCACUUCAGCCUCGGUCUCAUCCGCAUCUCCAGCACCAGCGGUCCCACCUCUCCUGAGCCUCGCCUCCCACCUCGCUCCUCAUACCUCAGGGAGCAGCGGAUCAGCCAUGGUGCCGAAGGUUUGGAGCAUGGUUCACGCCAACGCCAGGCAGGCCAGUUCACUCCAAGUAGUAAAGGCCCCCAUCAGCACGGUGUGGGGGCCGCAGCACAGCCUGCACACGCUUAGUGAAGCUGUCAACUAGAAGCUGCUGUUUUUUGUUUUUUUUCCCCCUACUUCUUUCUUAUGUAAAAAACUAAGAAAGCAAGAACAGGUGUGUUUUAUACGGCUGGACUUUAACUUUUAUAGGAGAAUGUAUCUUGGUCGGCCCCUUGAGGUGAAGCCUGAGCUUGGCAUGAGUUGAAACUUUUAGCGUUUACCACACGGAGGAAGGUGGAGACCAUAUCAUUCCUGCACUCUUGAUGCCAUUCUGCAAUGGAGUUUGAUGUCAUCCUGGGAUUUUGGGGUGUUACAAGAAUGAACAAAUAGGAAAGUAUUCCUGAAUUGUACAAUUUACCAGCCUUUCCAGUAGCAGUGCUGGACUUUAGUGAAUGUAAAAAACAAAACAAAACAAAAUAUGGUGACCUCCCUAGGUAUGAACUCUGCUGCCCUUUAAGCACAACAUUUUUUUUAGAACUCUUUUAGUUAUUUGCAUUUAAAAUGAACAAGUUCUUUUUCUUUUUUUUUCUUUUUUUUUUAUAUAUAUAAAAUGAGCCUGUAAAUUUUUUUUCUGACAUGGUUCUCUGCGGGUUUUUUUUUUUACCCCCCCCUGCAUUUGGAAUCCUGAGCCAAAGAAAAAUCAAAAACACAGCAGCAAGUCGGUGACUUCCUUGAUCCUCCUUACGGCCAAGCGGUUUCAUGAAUCGUCAUCUCAGCUGCUCUGUGCAUACCUCCUAGCACAAUGCAUCAUUAACUCUUUACCGUUGGGAAGUUUCUAGUAUUUUCAGUUUCCAUUUAAAGCAGGUGUGUAGGUUUCUUUCUGUUGGAAUCCCUCUCGAUCUUCAUUUGGAGACCCGAUGCGUCACCCAGAAUUCCCUGACGUUUGUGAGGCCUUAGAGUUUCUGUUUCUCUGAUCCAAAUGUCGUAACGCAAAUCGAUAUUUCAUACAGGUUCUCGACAGAGCAAAUGUAGCACAUCUUUUUUUGUACGUCUAAAAAAAAAAAAAAGUAGUUUUUCCACAUCUGAUAGUUUAAAAGUGGUUUCUACAGAGUUUCUGCUAAUCCAUUAAGAUGUAGUUUCUGUGAAACUGUCUCCCACCGCCCCGAACAUUUAAUAUUGGUAGCUGUGAGUGUCUGUGUGGGAGUUUGGCAGAAGGCUGGACUCCUUUCUGGUCAAUACUGUAGCACAAUUAUUGAUUGUUUACCAGGUCACAAAGCUGUGUUUAGUUCAGUUCUGUUGUAUUAGUGUGAGUGGUUGUGGACAGAAGAAGAACAUAUGUUUGGGUCUUACUUUUACUUUUGCCGAGCAAUGAACACUGCCACCAUUCCAAAAAUAAGAAGAAAAAAAAUUCACCGUGUUCCACUCUGUGCCACAAAGUUAAGGUUAAUGUUUGCUUUUGUUGCAGAAGCAGAGUAGACCGGUGUUCAUUUAUACCUCAUUUGUACACAACCAAUGUCGGGCAUAAGUUAUAGUUACAUUUUUCAAACUGCAUAAAUACACUGUGAUGAUGCCUUCGAGGUCAUAAUACUGGGAAAGGCUGGCUAAGAUUUUAAGUUGCAAGGUUUUAGACGUAAGCUGACACUUCUGAGGAAAAAAAAACCCAAUGUGCUGAUGUAAAUAUGUGGAAGGUCAAGGUUUUAUUGUUUUAUUUUUUAUUUUUUUUGUUCUUAUUUACUAGCAUGAGAUUCAUUCUCAAAAUGUAGUUCCUGUCCAACCAAAUGCGUUUUGAGCAUUUUCUUUUUCCAACUUCAUGUUACAAAUUAUGACUCCAGGCAGUGUGACUGGCUGCUGUGCCUUAAGCCUUUGAAUGAGGGAGGAAGUCCCGGUUUUCUUUUUUUGUUUUUAAAUAUGUAUUAAAAACUCAAUAGUCUGUGCAAUAUACGCCUUAAACUUUAAAUGUUUUUUUUUGUAUGAACAUUUCAAAGAAAUAAAGGUUCAGUUUUUUUCAUAUAUGCAUUUCUCUUUUUUUUUUAAUUCUUACUGAUUAUGUGCUUUAUGCAGUUCACUGGCUUUAUGGUAACAAUUGUAAUUUAUCAAAUCUGGUAAUAUAAAUGUAUCUGCUUUACCUUUCAUGACAGAUUUUUGUUUUUAUACCCUCAAGUUGCUGGUGAUUAAGGCAUUUAAAAAUAAUGCAGUCUCUCCCUUUAAGUGCAACACCACAGCAUUAUUCUGAAGCCUUCAACUCUUCUUGGUAGUUCUUCUAAAAUGUCCUGUAUCUAAUUGGUAGUACGGCUAUACGGACGUCCAAGACCCUCAUAGCACUUUGCUAGACGUUUAUGGAGUCUGAAUUUGAGUUAAAUCUUUUAAAAGGCAGAAUAUCGCUUAAGCAUUUUUCAAUUUAAAUUGUCAAUAUUGAACUUA